GGCAGACUCUCUCUAUCCCUCCUUCUCGCUCUCCCUCUCCCGCUUAAGUCCUCUCUCAACUGGAGAAAUCCCAGGGAUUGAAGCGAAGUGGAGGAAGAAAUGAAGGCUUCGGAGAUGUACGUCUUCGUCGUAGUUCUGCUCGCUUUUUGCGAAUGGACGACGGCGACUCCCGCUGCAGGAAGGAAUUCUACAGUGGUCAAGCCGGGGCACUGCCCUCGCCGGCUGCAGGUCUUGCCCUCGAAGCGGGCGUGCGAGUGUGACGAGGACUGCCCCGGGGACCACAAGUGCUGCGUCUUCGACUGCGGGGCGGUGUGUGUCCCGCCCGCUUUCACCAAGCCGGGAAUCUGCCCUCGGAGGAGGCGAGGCUCUGGGAUGUGUGCGGAGUUCUGCGUUAACGACAGCGACUGCACCGGCGACGAGAAAUGCUGCAGUAACGGGUGUGGGCAUGAAUGCACAGCCCCAUACACAGUGAAGCCGGGCCGGUGCACACGCCCCAAGGGGACCCCCAUGUGCGCCGAGUUCUGUUACCAUGACGGCCAGUGUCCCGCGGAACAGAAGUGUUGCCGGACCACCUGCGGCCAUGCCUGCAGUGAGCCCUGCUGACGAGGGACAGAGACAGCCUGGACACAGGCUGCUUGUUAUACUUGAACCCUCGGGUUUUUUUUUCCCAGUACGACACAAUAUUCCUUCCAUGUGUGCAAUCUCUUUUUGUUCUUUUUGGUGCCAGAGUAUGUUUUUGUUUUUGUAUCCACUCCAAUAAAACGGCCUGGUUAGCCUUAAGUAC